GUCGAACUAGUCCUACUUGCACCCAUAAACCAUAUCAAGUCGUACAGUAGUCAUUGUAUAUAUGAUGGCGAAAACCUCAGAGCCUUGCGUUCGCGACUUAGAAUUCCGCGGUUUCAUCGAGGGCCUCACAUUUCAAAUCAAAGGAAAACCUACUUGCCACUACUUCGGAGGAGUGCCAUACGCUCUUCCACCGGUAGGUCCAUUCCGAUGGAGGAAACCGAGGCCUCUACCCUCAUGCUACCGUUAUGGGACAAGAGCCAAUCCAGGACGAUAUACCGGCGGUACUGCACUUUGCCCACAGCCAGGCCUUGAGAGCGAUCUUCCUGACAUGACCCUUUGGGACGAGGAUUGCUUGCAAUGUAAUAUUUGGAUGCCUGUAGGAGAGCCGCCGGCUGGAGGAUGGCCCGUCUUCUUUAAUAUCCAUGGCGGAUUCCUUCAAUUAGGAAAUCCUAAUGGACAAGAUCUAUGCGCGAUGCUCAGCGAAACCUCCGCGAAAUUCAUCUGCGUCUUGCCCGCCUAUAGACUGAAUGUUUUCGGCUUCCUCGCAUCUGAAGAGCUGGGCCAGAACUUUGAUUCUAAUGACAUUGUUUCGAACGUCGGCUUCUGGGACAUACGGCUCGCGCUCGAGUGGACGCACAAAAACAUCAGCUAUUUCGGCGGCGAUGCUUCUAAUAUCACUAUCGGUGGAUAUUCCGCAGGGUCGCAUGCCACAUUUCACCAACUUGCAUACGAAUUGGGACUACCAGAUUCAAAAGCUAUUGUCCGGCGAGCCAUCAUGUGGUCGAAUGGACCUGGUGUUCAGCCGAAAUCUACCGCUGAGGCGCAAGAGCAAUUCGAGGAGCUCUUGACUGCGCUAAAAAUCCCCUUGAGCGUAUCCUCCACAGAAAAGCUAGCCAGACUCCGAGCUCUAGACGCGCCGACACUGAUAAAAGCGACCAUGCGAGUAAAACACCACCAAUUCCGCGCCACAACCGACGGCCACUUCGUCCGCCACGGCCUGAUGAAAGAAAUCGACAACGGCGUCUUCGCCGAACGAAUGAAGCGGCGCGGUAUCAAGCUCCUGAUCGGCGAGUGCCGAGACGAGCACUUCAUCUACGGCACCUGGCGGCCACCUAAGAAUAGUCUGGAAUCGCUCUUCAACCGCAUCCAGGCCGACUACCCGCUCCGUGCGUGCGAAGCCCUGAUCAAGUAUUACUACCCCGAGGACAAACUCCCCGCCGAUUGCAAAGACUGGCCGGAUGCAUUUGGGCGCAUCUACGCAGACAUUCAGAUCCACAUGCUUGAGCGCGGUUUUGUGAACGCGCUUGUACAGCAUGGCGCCGGCGACUUGAUAUACAGGUAUCGCAUGGAGUGGCGCGCGAGAUGUAUCGAUAACCGCCUACCGAAGGAAUGGGGUGUCACUCAUGGGACGGAUUACGCGAUCUGGAUGUGGGGAAAUGGGGAGAACUUGCUGAAGAAGGAGAAGAGUCUGAUUAAGAAUUCGUUCCAUGAUCUUUUUGCGAAAUUUUUGGAUGGAGAGGAGAUGGAUUGGGGUACGACGGAUCCGCUGCAUAUUAGGACUUUGACGCCGAAAGGGACGGUGGUGUGUGGGGAGGAUCCGAUGCUUGAAAGGGGGCUGGAGGUUUGGCGGCUAUUACAAGGUGUUGGGGUUACCGGAAACUCGAUUAUGUCGAAGAUAUAGAGAGUACAGCAGAGCUCCAGACAGACUUUUCUUCUAGGAAAUUACAGGGAUAUAAUAAAGGAAGACUGAGGAAUAUAAGGCAUGUUUCAGAGUUUCCCAAACUCUAUAGAUACUUAUAAUGGCUGAGCGAGU